CGCUGACAGCUGACUUCAGCUCUGGAGACGUGUACAAUUCGCUGCCGCUGAGCCGUGCGGUUUGCCCAUUCGCGAUAUCGCCUUCUUCUCGUUGACGUUCCCUUCAGAGCCACUUGUUCUCCGCGAUGGCGACCAUCGAGGAGCUGAAGCUGCGCGUGAGAGAGCUGGAAAACGAAUUGAUAAAGUGUAAGCAGAAGCAGUGCGCCGCGGAGGACGCUCAAAACCAGCAGCUCCACAGACCCAAGAUUGACAGGAUGAGUGCCGAGGUUGUGGAUUCCAACCCAUACAGUCGUCUGAUGGCUUUAAAGAGAAUGGGCAUCGUGGACGAUUAUGAGAAAAUCCGGACAUUCACGGUCGCCGUGGUCGGUGUUGGGGGAGUCGGCAGUGUGACCGCCGAAAUGCUCACCAGAUGUGGCAUCGGGAAGUUGCUCCUCUUUGACUACGACAAAGUCGAGCUGGCCAACAUGAACCGCCUGUUCUUCCAGCCUCACCAAGCAGGCCUCAGCAAAGUGGAAGCCGCCGAACACACGCUCAGGAGCAUCAAUCCAGAUGUGUCAUUUGAAACCCACAACUACAACAUCACCACAAUGGACAAUUUUACACAUUUCAUGGAGCGCAUCAGUUCUGGAGGGCUGGAAGAAGGGCAGCCGGUGGAUUUGAUCCUGAGCUGUGUGGACAACUUUGAGGCCAGAAUGGCUAUCAACACAGCCUGCAAUGAACUGGGUCGGAUCUGGAUGGAGUCUGGCGUCAGUGAGAACGCCGUAUCGGGACACAUCCAGCUCAUCAUUCCUGGAGAGACGGCGUGCUUUGCUUGUGCUCCUCCUCUGGUGGUGGCCGCUAACAUCGAUGAGAAGACCCUGAAAAGGGAGGGCGUGUGUGCUGCCAGCUUACCGACUACGAUGGGCGUGGUCGCGGGUCUCCUGGUGCAAAAUGUCCUCAAGUUUCUGUUGAAGUUUGGAACUGUCAGUUAUUAUCUCGGCUACAACGCCAUGCAGGACUUCUUCCCCACCAUGGCCAUGAAAGCCAACCCCCAGUGCAGCGACCGCUACUGCAGGAGGCAACAGGAGGAGUACAAGAGGAAGGAAGCAGAGCGCCCCAAGGUUGAGGCGGUACAGGAGGAGGAGGAGGAGGAGGUCGUACAUGAAGACAACGAGUGGGGUAUCGAACUAGUAUCAGAGGUGACUGACGCAGAGCUACAGGCUGCUUCGGGCGCUGUGCCUGACCUCCCUGAAGGCAUCACCGUGGCUUACACCAUUCCAGUUGAGGAUACAGAAAGUGGGGAUACGGUGGGAGAGACGGAACAGAGUCUGGAAGACUUGAUGGCUCAGAUGAGAAAGUUGUAGGCAACAAUCUGAAGAUUCUAUUCAGAUAGGAUGUACCUUUUUUUUUUUGUCGUGUGUCUAAACAAAAAGACGAUUAAUGUCAAAUAAACAAUUGCAGAGUUCUAACAGGUAAAGAACAGAAAUGCAUGAACUGCUUCUGAUGGCAUAACCGCUUCUCACGUGUGUAUUUUCUACGGUUUUGACCGGUGAAAGUUUGCCUGCCUUUUUAAUGCGUUAACAGCUUUAAAAAAAAGAAAGAAAAAAGAUUAAAAUCUUUUGAAAUUGUUAUUUAUUAGAUGGAAUA